AUGAAGGUUUUGUGGGGAAUCGCUUUCUUCUCCUCGUUUGCAUCUAAGUCAAUUGAGGCCACUGCAUUGAUAAAUAAAUGCGGCACAAACGAAGUGUACAAGCCGUGUCAGUUCUAUGAAGAGUACACGUGUUGGACCUCGUCAAGCAAAAUGGAAAGAACUAGAACAUUAUCAAAGAAGUUCAAGCAUUGCGUCGACGGGUGUUACUGCGAUAAGGGCCUAGUUCGUUCAUACAGCAAAGGUCCUUGUAUAGAAGCGGGGAAGUGUAGAGACAAAAAAAUUGAAAAAAUCCUUGACAAUUUACCGAUUUAUAAGAAAAGAAUUGAAUAA